ACUAUGAGAACAACCUGCUUUCUGAAAGCAAAUAAUUAGCUUGCUAGAAAAGUAAGUGUUCGUAAAUCAUCUACCUUACUUCAUAUUGUGAGGUAGUUACGCAAAUUCAAAGUGCAAUUUAUCGAAGUGUAUAGAAUUAGGUAUAGCAGUGGAAGUGUGUAAUCAAGAGGAUUUUCUUAAUACUGUUUAAGCUGACUUAAAGAUCAUUUUUACAAUACAAAGCAAAUAUUAAAUAGAUUAUGUGAAAGCUAUGAAGUUGUGGUGUAACAUAUGGAAAACAGAAACAAAAUAGUUUUGGUAAUGGUACAGGGUAGCAUCAUCUGAAUGUCAAGCAAAGCAAGCAACAUAUAGCUUAGUUGUAAAAAGAGUGGAUUCCCAUCAGUUUAAGUGUAAUAUUGCUUAUACACAGGUAGUUUCAAGGUUUGCUAAAACCUAGCUAGUUGAACAUAGAAAAAAGGUAACUGAUAUUUUCCAACACUCACAAAUUCAGCAUACCACCAACUUCCAGAUUAGCUCAAAACCUGUAGAAGUAAUAUGAGAGAAUCAAUGUUCCAAUUUUUUUACUUGCUUCAUUCAUUGUUGCCGUCAACCUCUGAUAUCCUUAAAACAGUUGGAUCACUGUUGGAUUGGUGAAAGCCAGAAAUAAAGGCUCCCCGAGGACACCCAACAUUUGCUCUAGUUCGAGCUUAGUGUUUUCUAUAUUUUGGAUUUCCUGAGGUGUUAAUGGAACAAAAACAAAAUACCAGAAGAUUCAAAGCUUAUCUUCAUCAUAUAUUUUAUUAUGGGUAAAGCAAAUCUGUCUUCUACUAAAACUGCACAUAGUAUUAUCAGCAUGUAAGUUAUUUGAAGGAGAGUAAGUAAAAGAACUGAAAAGGAUCGGAUUAAGUUAAGGUUUCAAAUUUUAUGUAAAUUAGAAUGGUUCUAAAUAUAGUGAAGGAAGAAUGGAAUACAGAGAAGGAUGCAUAUGGCCAUAUGGGUUGUGUUUUACUGUCUUACCAUUUAAUUACUCAUUGGCAACUUCUCUUAUGCCUACUCUUACACUACUAUAUCAAGUGGAUAUUGGGAUAAAAUUACAAUCCACUUAUCAUUACCCAAGUUCAGCAAGUAGCCACAGCCAGAACAUUAAUUCUUCUUAGCUGGGGAUGAAAUACUUGUCUCCCUUGAUGCCACAGACAACAGCUUCCAGAAGAAUCAACCUAAUCCCCCAGUUUUUUUUUUUCACAUGCAUGUUCUUGUCAGCUAGGGUGUUAGUUUUAAUAUUGUCGAGGAGGCCAGUUUAAGAUGGAUGAAGUAGAACUGCCCAAUAAAGGAAUAUAUUUUCUGUUGCUGCUUACGGGAGAAGACAAUCAAUCCAUAUGAACAGGAGUAAAAAUUCCAGUGCCAAUUGAAAGUUUUCAUUUAGGAAGCAACUAGUAUUUUUGCAGCACAACUAUUAUUCAGAAUAUCAUUCAAGAGUACCCCAUUCGGUUGUAGAGAAUGAGCUGCCAUGUACUCCUAGUGUCUAACCUUGGAAGUUGGGGUAGUAGUAUCAACGAUUUGUGCAGUCAGUACAGUAGAAGUCAAAGAGCCAACAUGUUAAAUUAAAGAUGAGUAGAAAACAAAAACAAAAAAACAAAAUCCUCAUCUAAUAAUCUUAACAGAUGCUCCCACAAUCCCACAAUAUCACCAUCUAAGCAUUGAGGCAAAACAAUAAUCAUUAUUUCAACCAGGAGCAAUUUGAUCAGAUCAUGCACCGACGCUGAACGUUUCGAUCCCCGCGGGAAUUCUCGCUCCCUCGGUCUCGGAGGCGCAAGUGCGGGAGCGGGAAGGUGGACGGCGACGAGAAGAGGAGGAGGAGAGAGCGAAGGCAACGCCGUCGAUGGCGACGAGGGGGGAGAGGUGGACGGGUGUCUCGUCUUCUCACGGUGGUGGGGAUGAGGAGGGGAUGCUAAUAUGCUAUUUUGCGGCGGGGAUGGGGAGGAGGCGGCGCCGGCGCUCGCGGGAGAGUAGGCGGAAGCGGCGGGAUGGUGCGCGGCUAAGUUGAGGAGCCGGAUAUGGGGGCGCUGAUGGAUAGGAGGAGGCGGAGGCGGCGAGGGGAUUCGAAGCGGCGGCGGGGUGUAUUUCGAAAUAUUAUUUUUUUAAGGUUUAAUUUGUAAAUAUGUAUUUUAAGAAGGUUCCCGUUAUCUCUCCCUUUCCCCCUUUUUUUCGCUGUCUAGGGUUUGCGGCGGCGGCGCCCGCUCACCUCCUCGCCGGCCGGACGGCGCGAGGAGGAAUCUCUCCACCCCCACACUCCUCGCGCCGGUGCCCCUCCCUCCCCCUCCAUCCUCCUCGCGUUUCGCUUCCCCUCUUCGCACUACUCCGACUCCCAGCCGGAAGCGCCGGUGUCGAUGGCGGACGAUGCCGGUGCCGGUCGCACUCGCAGUCGCAGGGAUCCUUCCGAUCGCCCUACGCGUUCAGGCCAAUUUCUAAUCAGGGCUUUGCUACGAGGCGAAUUGGAGGAGCGCACUGCAGACGCAAGGUUUAUCCCACUUACACCAAUAAUGGAGGAUCUAUUUGUCAGCGGCAUUGAAGAGAUUCCCGAAGACACUUCUGUGCAUCACCAGCAAACUGAUGAGCCACCACCAUCCUACAACACCAUUAGGAGGGGUGAAGGCACAUUAAUGGCUGAACUGCGUGAGGCUACGGAGCAACUACGUUUGUCUUUCUAUGCCAACACAGAUGAAGAAACUCGGGCACAAAUGAAACAGUUUUGGGAUGAAGAAUUCAAUGCAAUAUCUGAAGAAGCAACUAUUGAGAGAGGUUUAGAGUGGAUGCGGGCGGAGGUUGUUGAGGCAUUCAGUACACACAGUGGGGCUAAUGUGGUUGAAUAUGAGCUUGAAGAUAUUUCUCACCAGUGUUUGAUUUUUGAUGAUUGUGCCAAGUCUUAUCAUCAUUACAAUUUCAUAAUGAAGUCGAAGUGUCCUGAUUCUCAUUUGGAGGGUUCUUGUCUCUUUUUUGCUGAAGUUAAAGUUGUGGAUGGAGAGAAACACUAUUUUUGCUGUCCCCUACAACCUGAUGACGACGGUCAUUGUCACGGAUGCCAAAACUCUGGAAUUGAUCUUAAGCAUCCUUCAGACGGUGGCUACGAGGAGGGCAACGCUGACUCUGGAUUCCCUUUUGAUCCAAUUUAAUUUGAUGGAUGAAAAUUCAGAAAUAUGUACUAAAUUGAGCAGCGCCUGAAUUGAGUUGUGUAAUGAAUGCUCCUACAUAAACCUUGUGUUCAUGUUCAAACUGGCUAUUGGUAUUGUGUUUUAUUCGGUAGCAUUAGCAAUCUAUUAGCAAUAUGUUGCAUGUUCGUGUCUGGAGUACGUGCGAAAUGCUCAUGGGCAUGACUAUUAUUUCUUACGUGUGAAAUGCUUGUAUUGUAAGGUCGCCAGGUUUGUGAUUGAGAUGUC